CGUGCGAUGACAAAGUGCUGCUUGUGGCAAAAUUCAAAAUGCACCAUUAAUUGGAUUUACGCCCAUUUUUUUACUGGAAUUUUCAAUAUUUUUAAGUUAAGCAGUUUGACAUGGUAAAGGUGCUGUGCGACUGAAAAAAGGCAGUAGCAAUAUGCAUGGAGAAACAUAAAUUCAAAGAUUGUUAUUCGUAACUGCUAGACAACGGGAGUACGGCACGACGACACAGUAGAUUUGGAAUUUCAGACACUCUCGGCAUCUCCCCGAAGACGGGAAAAUGAAAAUUCCAAAAAUUCGGUUUUUUGGAAUUUUCAGAAGAUGACAGGUUCAGCCAAAAUGCUUAGCCUGGCAAAUUUCCGAGCCGAGCUAAAACUCUGACCAAUCACAGCUUCCUUGGCGUGACGUCAAUUUCAAUUUUCGGUAGCACGAUCAUUUUCGACUUCCGGUUGCAUUUUGCUUUGGAGCAAAUCGCACUAGGUACAAUUUCCGAUUUCCGAACCCAAGAAGACGAAAGGAGUAUGUAAAUUGUAAAGGACGUUUUCCUAUGUUCUUUUCACAAUCGUAUUCUUACGAAUUAUGGUUAUUCUCAACUUAUUCUUACUGUUUUCUUACGUUUCCCAUAAUAAUUUGUUGAUGCGAAAGUAAAACACUGCCGACAUCUUGCUCUUGGAUUUUUAGCUUUGGUGUGGUGUCGUGAUCUUGACAGUUUCCUGAUUUCUUCGGAUAUUCCUGUCAUUCUGACGUGGAAUACUUCACCUGUCUGUGGAAUGCCAUUUUAAAGCCAUGUCUCUCCGCCUUGGUUUUGCGCAACCGGUAUUUCGUCUCUCCUGUCGCGGAUGCAAACUCCAUAACGUUUCCCGUUAUUCUGACACUUUGAAGCGUUACUAUGCCACGCGCGCGGUGCAGGAGAAAAAUGUUUCGAGCAACGCAACUCCGCAACCCUCAACAACAACAACAACAACUCCGAGUAGUGGCUCCAGUGAACCACUAUCUUCAUUGUUCGUUACGGGGGCUACAGCACAGACGAUUCCCUUCGCUGUGGAUCCUUACACCGAAUUUGCUGAAUAUUUUACGGAAUCAUAUGAUCUGCAAACCCAGCUGUCGGCCCGAAAGAUUACCAUGAAUGUGCCGCAGUUAGCAGCUGCAUGGCAGCAUCUAAAGGAGCUGCGAAUGCAAAAGAAGAAAACCGAGGCAUUCAUGGAAGCACAUCGAUUGCAGCACGCUUCUUACGCGGGAGAUGAGCAUGCUUAUGUAGAUAUUUUACGAUCCAUUCGGGAAGAGUUGAAAGAGUUUGAUAAGAAAAUCAGCAGUGUGGAAACGCGUACGGUAUUGGACCUGUUUAAAAUUCCUACAAGACUGAGUCAGAGCGUUUUGGAAGGCAAGUCCGAUCCCGUUGUUGUCCACGUCAGCGAAGUCGAACCGAAGCAAUCCGCGAAAGAUUUGGUCCAAGCUAAUUAUGUUGAGUGGACGGAAAACUCGCCUGGCGGAUAUUUCUUGAAAGGACCAGCUGCAGAAUUAGAAUGGCAUUUGAUCAGUACAUCCCGAAGACAACUGGAGGAAUACCAGUGUAUACCGCUUUCAGGACCAAAUUUGGUGAAGUCUGUCAUACUUGAAUCGCUGUGUGUGAAUUUGCAGAAUCCUGAAGAGGCUUAUAUGCUCGGCAUUAGCAAAAGGAAUGGAGCGGAGUAUCGUUCUCUCUUUUUGACAUCGCUCCCUUUACAUAUUUAUACGGCCUAUCUGGCAAACGGUGAAUACCGCGAAGGUGCUCCUUGUGUGAAGUUUCAUCAUUCCGGUCGAAUAUACAAACCGCAGACGCAUCAAGGGAACGGAUUGCAGAGAUUAUUCUAUCCAUCCCAGACACACUGUGUUUCUUUCUGCAUUGGAUAUGAAGAUUUCGACCGAACCGAUGAAUAUUUUCACCAAGCUGUCGACAUGUUGAAGAAAUUUUACUCUGAAUUGCGGCUGCCCUUCCGGAUAAUGGCCCAGCCGGCGCCUGCUUUAGCAGCCUUCGAAGCUGCCCGGUUUGAUGUUGAAGUGUGGUCAGUCAGUCAGAAUUCGUAUAUUCCUUGUGGAUUUGUAUCGGCAAAUAAUGAUUUCAUCAGUAGACGAAUUCGCUGUCAAAUCGGGAAAUCUGAUGAUAAGUUCAUGUACAUGAUCCACGGGGCACUUGUAAAUUUAACUCCUCUUGUGGCGUCUUACUUGGAGCAUUAUUGAUAUUCACUUGAGUAAAGAGUUAUAUUUGCGCGUUGUCUUUCGAUAAUUUAAGCCGUUCCUUUACAUUUUCUGGUGCUACGAAAGUUAAGACGGUAUUAAUUAGCUGCAGGUUAGACUAUGUGUUGUUAAUUAUUUCGUUUCGUGUAUACCCGGUAUCGAUUGAAUUCUUUUUAUUCCAAUGUUGCCAUCCAUUAAUGGGAGGUCAUCCACUUUUCCGCUGGAAUCCCAGCUGACUUGCCGCUGUUGCUUUAAAGCUUCCUUGGCUGCGUUCUCUUCCUCAAAUAAAUUUCUUUG